AAAAAAACCCUACUCUUGCAUUUUCCCACUCAGACCAAAGAUCCCAGCUUUCCUCCCAAGCCUUCUUAUGUUUCGUUGCCAUUAACGUUCAAAGCAUCAAAUUUUUCAAAGGUUUUAGGAUGUUUUACGCUCACACAUUAUUGGCUCGGAAGGGUCCGUUGGGGACUGUUUGGUGCGCUGCGCAUCUUAACUACAGUCUCAAGAAGUCUGAUUAUACCAGAACUAAUAUCCCCUCAACCGUCCAGUUCAUCAUGUAUCCUGAAGUACCUAUUGCACUGCGUAUGUCUGGACAUCUUUUGCUUGGCAUUGUCCGAAUAUAUUCAAAGCAAGUAGAUUACUUCUAUCAGGAAUGCAAUCACUUGGAGUUACGGAUAAGAAAGGCAUUUGCUUGUUCAAAUGUCAAUCUACCUGCAAGUGCAACUCAAGCGCAAUAUAACUCCAUCACAUUGCCAGAAACACUUCAACUUGAUGCCUUAGAAACAUAUGAUGAUCAACACCCAGAGAGAUCUGUGGAUACUCAUUUUAAAUGCCCGGAAGAGAUCACACUUGAAGAUCAAAUUCCCACGGGGAGAGAGGAAUAUGUGGCCAUUUAUAUUGAUGGUGAGGAGAUUGGGAAUAAUUCACCAAGAGAAGAUAUCAAUGCCACAUCCGGAUUGCGCACAACACCUGAGAAGGAUUCUCACCAUUCAGGUGCUGAGAGAACAACACCUGCUGGUCAACAACAAACUCCUCCCAACCAGACCAUUCGGACAGGGUUGAAUGAAACAACCCCCCAAUAUGGGUUUCAUGAAACUGAGCGCAUGCGUGAUGCUUCACAUAAUAUCAAUACACCAAUUACUCCAUUAUAUUGGUCAAAAAACAGAGAGGAUGAUGUUUUGGAACCUGACUUCAGUAUUGUGGAGCAAGUGGAAAAAGACAAUGCAAAUCUAACUCCAAUAGUGGAAGAAGUUUUGCCUUCAGGAGAGCCUUUUUUCCCAUCUUCAUCCCAUGGAAAACACCCUUUUUCUUCUUCAGGAGAUGGCCAUGAAAACAUCGAUUUCCAUGUACCAUUUAAUAAUGAGUCUCCUGGACUAGCAAUUCGGUCAACUCCACCACCAUCACCACCACCACCACCACCUCCUCCUCCUCCACCUCAUGAGCAGCCAAGGCCAACGAAUAGAAGGAGAAGGGCUAUCAUGGAUAAUACCUUAGUGUUGUCAAAUCAGUUCAUGAAUGCUGCAAUGAAUGACACAAGUGAUUUGAUACGGCGGAGAAAGGAAGCUCCUCAUUCUUCUCUCUCCAUCUGGAGAUCAAACAAGAGACUGAAAAAGGAUGCCAUGUUCUUUGAGCCCUUAAUAACUGGGCAGUGUGAAGAUCUAUCGAGCAUGCAUGAACAUGAUUUUGUUAUCGCAAAAGCUCACAUCUCUUCCACAGAGGAGGUAACUCGUGACGAUGACCAUGGUGUACAACCUCCCCCUUCUCAUGGCCAUCAUGAUGAUAUGGAAGUUGAACACAUUCGUGAUAAUGAAGGCCCUACUGGUGACAUUUUCCAUGAAGUCUUGCCAAUGGAAAAUACAUUCUUUUCCCCUACAUCUGUGCCUUCUACGAGCAGGCAAGAAGAUUUUACCCCUGCUCCUGCCUCAUUAGGAUCAGAACCAGAUCAGGUUGGGAAGAUUCCUGAAUCAGGGGUGGUGCUACCCACACCAGUCCAAGCUUCACCUGCAGGAAAUCUUCAUUUAGACAAAAAUACCCCUGCAACCUUCAUGGAGCAGGAUGUACAGUUCGAAGUUGGCCCUGUAUCUGAUAUUCCUGUGUUUGACCAAUGUGCCGGAGACUUGAGCUUUUUGGAAGAAGAUGAAAACUUCCCUAGUGCCUCUCAUGGAACUCCAGAAGUAGAUUCAUCUGGAAAACAAAAAGGAACUUCAGAGUUUGAUGCAUUAUCUACCAGGACAAGGGCUGUGGCUGAAUAUCUCAAAGGUCAAUCAUCUGCUACCCCUGGGUUAAAAGGCCAAUCAUCAUCAACCCCUGUUUCAGGAAAUGGAGACCUGAGUUUGAGUGCAGUUUUAGAAGGAAAAAGCAGGAAAUUAUGUGCUAGAAUGUUCUAUGAGACAUUGGUUUUGAAGGAUUGUGGACUUAUAGAAGUGAAUCAGAAAGAACCUUAUGGUGAUGUUACUUUGAAGGCAACUUCUAAACUGUUGAAGGAACAACUGUGAGGACGUAAAUCAAAUGCAAUUCUCAUGUGGGAUUUAGAGUUACUUCUUGUACAGGCAAUGAUGCAGUUCAGUAGAUGGGUGGCUAUAAUUAUUGCUCCGCAUAGUUCUUGGGAUCAAUUAGCUGCUUCAUCUAAAUUGUAUUGCAGCUGCUUAGUUAUUAGUUUAUUAUUUUGAUUUUAAGUUGUAAUUUAGGUCCAGCAGUAGGAAGUAGAAGGUGAAGUAGAAAUCUAAAUCCCCUGUGAAUAUUGCCGUGUUGGUGAAAGGAAAAAACAACUGUUGACAUGAACUUGAACAUGUGUCAAACCUAUAUUGACAAGAAAUUAUUUCACUAGUUCUUUA